AUGUCUAAUCCUAUAUUGGAAAAAUCGUUAGAUGAAAUCAUUGGCGAAAAAAAGCCAGCAAAAAAAUUUCCAAAUGGGCCAAAAAGAGGUAACUCUAGAAUCAAUAAACCACAUCAAAGACCAAAAGGUCCACACGGAAGAAAUGAUAGGCCAAGACCUUCGAGUUCGGUUCCAAGAGAAGUUACAGCUAUUUCUAAGUCAAAGCCUAUUCUUAGAGUCAAGAAUAUUCACCCAGAUUUGAAUGGGGAAGAUUUAUCCAACUUAUUCGAUGGUGUCGCUCCGGUCGAAUUUGUUAAAUUUGAUCCUAGAAAGGAUGAUGUUGCAUAUGUCUGUUUCCAAUACGAUCAUAAUAAAAAUAACUCCAUAGCCAUCUCGAAAUUCGAUGGAAGAAAAGCUAUGGGUGAGAAUUUGGUCGUAGAAAGUGCCACGUCGUUAGCAGACCGUAUAGUCGCUCCUAGGGGAAAUCCAAGAGGCCCAAGAAAUGCUGCUCCUGGAGGGCCUGGAGGGAAACCACAGAAUCCAUUGAAGAGAAAACAAAAGCCCCAAAAGAAGUCGGUUGAUACAUUGGAUGAAGAGCUUUCAGCUUACAUGUCUGGUAAGAGUGAAGGGGAAUUGAAAAGAGAAUCGAAAGUAAACAAGCUUGACGACGAAAUGGAUAGUUAUUGGAGCAACAAGAAUGAAAAUGAUUCUAAUGCAGCAAAGGAGAAUUCUAAUGCAAACGUUAAUCAACCUGAUGAUACAGCAGACGAAAUGAAAUUGGAUUAA